AUGACGGAAUGUUAUGUUGACCAACUCGGAGGAUCUGAGAUGACAGCUGAGGAAAAUGAACUGUGGCACUUGAGCUGUAUUCAGCAGCUGAGGAACCUUUUAAAUGAAGAUGCCGUUUCUGAAUUCAGGAAGCAGGUAGCCUGCGAUUUGGAGUCUGAUGACACUGAUCCACUGCUGUUUCCCGAUAUCCUGUCACGUGACCUAUACUUGGCAAAGAACUUAUACAGCAUAAGUGGCGAUGACUACAAGAUCACGUUUUUGGACGACAACUUUGCUGCUGUGCCGGAAAUCGCAACUGAAAAGAAAUCUGCCGUUUGUAAUUGUGAUUUUCGCAGUAAGCGAAACAGCAGCGAGUGGCUCGGACUCAUAGAAAAGAACAUUUCGUCGUACCUGCAGAACAACUAUCCGCAGGGGGAACACGUACUGCUUGACAAGUUGAAGCAGCUCUUUGUUUUUCAGAGUUACAUCCUCGCGCAAAGACGGAAAGCGGCACAUUUCUUCAACCUAGUUUGCCAGUAUUUCCUUCCCAAAGACAACAUGAUUGCAGUUCCAGAAGUUCACGGUCUUUCAAACCAUGAAAAUGUACCGUUUUAUUCUGGUUCUUCCAUACGAGCCGGGAGCGGCGGUGAUACAGCGACCGUAAACCAUGCAGAGAAUAAUAUUUUGCAGAGAAACAAAGCAGGUCAGGAGGAUCGUCACAAGGUUAGCGAUUCUAACCAAUCAGACUUGCUUGGUGAAAACAACAAAUUGAUUCGCGAAAGAAACAUGAUUGAAAUAUAUUGUGAAGAAAGUAUGGCCAGCAUGCAGCGGAAAAUAGAUGCAUUGGAAGGCGAGUUGAAAUUAAAAGAUAGCAGAUGCAAGUUCCUGGAAACUACAAUUAAAAACUGUACUGAAAAGUCAAACCAGCAAUUGCAAGAACUGCAAACGAAGUUGAAUGUUCAGAGAAAAGAGUUCGAGGUAGAGAAUUGCAUUCAAAGCAAGAACAUGGUAGCUUUGGCACAAUCGAUGAACGCGUUUGUAAAAACUAUGGACAAAUUUGCAUGGCGUCCCGUCGAAAUGCGGUGUUUCGGAGGAGAGUCCAGUACGAAAUUGAUUGAAGACAUGAGACGAUUAAUGGACGAGUGCAAUUCAGUUUUGCAGCAAGAAUGGGAUGCCGCUGAGAUGGCAGCGAAUCGUUUGAGCGGUUUGCUCCGUGGGACGAUGAAGAGACAGAUUCUCACUAAUGGUGAUAGAGUGACUGACCGUAACAAGACGUUUGCUGCGAAGCUCGUCACUGCCGUGGACGCCCUUGGAAUUGCUCUGGAAAGGUUAAGAAGGUUUGAGCAUACCGGAGCUAAAUUGCGUAUGGAAUCAGAGGCAAGAAAAACUUUAAUUUUAAUCUCUGGAUUUCUACCAGAUCUUCUUCUUGCGUUGAUAAUUUUAAAAUCUAAUUCUACACGCGUCUCUAGUAAUAGCAUGUUAGAAUGGUUUAAGUACUUCAGUUUUGUCAUUAUUGACAACGAUACCGUCCAGUAAGA